CUGCGUCCGUGUGCGCCACCGCGCUCGGCUCCCUGUUCUGUUUCGCCGUCUUCUCUUGCCGCGUGCGCCCUGCGGGUCUCAUGGGUUGUCGAGAACGACGGCGGUCAAGGCGGGCGGGCGGGCGAGCGGGUGGAAUAUCGCGGCCUUUGGAUGACAUCGACACGAGGCGGCUUCCCACUCCCAUCGGCUCAUGGCGUUUAAAGCCGCGCGCGCGCGCAGCGUGCUUGGGUUGCGUUUCUUAGGUUUCUCGGAACCCACGUGUCUGGGGGAAUUAACGACGAAACGCGCAAUAUUGAAACUGCAAGAGACACUAACAUAUCUUGUUUUAACAGCUGGUGACGGCGCACGGAGCGAGACUCGGCCACGUGCUCCGAACCACGCAGGAAGGACGCGAACUCAAAAAUCUCAAGCUUCACCCCCUCCGCGAGCGAUGUCUGCCAUGCCGCUCCACGCCUCCGUGGCGUCUCUCCUCGCCAGCAUGGGCUGCGGCUUCGCACUCGCAUGGUUCCUGCGAGGUCACUCGGUCACCGCCCCUGCCCACGGUCCUCCGGCAGACCACGCCGGCCAGGCACGCGGUCGCGAGGGGGGCGGCAGCAGCGGCGACGACGGCUACGACAAGGAUGACGACUUCGACGGCGGCGGCGACGACGUGGACAGCGACGGCAACAGCGUCGGCGAUGACACAGGAAGCGACGACGACGACGACGCCGACGCCGACGAGCACAAGAUGGUGCUGGUCGUGCGCGCCGACCUCAAGAUGGGCAAGGGCAAGGCGGCGGCUCAGUGCGCGCACGCCGCGGUGGCCGCGUACCGGCUGGCGGCGGCGCGCCAGCCGGGCGCGCUGAGACGCUGGCGCCGCGGCGGGCAGGCCAAGAUCGUGACGCGCGUGGAAGACGAGGCGGCGCUGCUCGAGCUGCAGGAGAGGGCGCGCGCGCUGGGGCUCGGGGCGCCGGUGGUGUGCGAUGCCGGGCGCACGCAGGUGGCGGCCGGGUCGUGCACCGUGCUGGCCGUGGGGCCCGGCCCCGUGCGCAUGGUGGGCGAGGUGACGGGGCACCUUAAGCUGUACUGAGCAUCGGCUGUCGCUCUCCUCUGGCCUUCCCUCUGGAAUGCGCUCAUCCCACCAACUCUGCUCCCACCUCCACCGCAAGCCUUAGCUCUGAAUUGUUUUCGGUUUAUACCGCGUGUUGUUUGGCAUGAUGUUUGACAAUUUGGCCCACGUGCUGGGAGCUUCUCUAGAUCUUCCUACCUUCUGGUCGUGAAGAGGUUCCCAGCAGAUAUGUAGUGAAACGUAGGACAUAAUGCCGAACAACCCCACGGUUACAACCUGAAAGCACAUCAGAGAGCUAUACGGCACAAAAACGAACGGUCCCCAACCCUUAGUCUCUUUUCUCCAAGUCAAGGUGUGUCUUUGAUCAAAUUAAAGUGGAAUGGUGCACAUCACCAUUGGCAGCCGUGAACCUGUGGUGAGAAUUCUGCAUUCCAGUGGUGCUGGGCGAUGUGGUGGGCAGCAGAGGGCAGUGUGCAGCUGAAUAUAUUGUAGUAUUGUACCUCCUCUGUGCCCCCCCUGCCACCGCAUCUUUGCACCGCACCCCCUCCAACCCACACAGAGCAGCGUUAUGGAAUAUGGUCAAAUAACCCCCACACGCUGUUGGGAGGCCUUAAUCCAGCAGUGGAAUGAUAAAAGCCGUGCAUACACACAUGCUAUAAUGAGUGAUACUGGCAAUAUUCAAGACUGGAUCAUAUGUUGUGCUAUAGCAAUAUAGUUAUCAGUGUUUUCGGUAUCACCUUGAUACUGGGAGUCUUGAGAAACGUUAUUUCCCUUGGCAAAUGUAUUGCUCAUCGAGCAAUGCCUAUUUCAUGACUUUCAUUACCAAGGCAUUUCCUGUAAUGUACGAUACACUGGUAGAAUAAUUUCCCAGCUGUUGUGAUUCAGGAGUGGGUAUGAAAUGCCAAGGUAUCAGAUCUACGGUGAAUAUUAAAUACAAGACCUGUCCUGCCAAGCACUGCUUUCACUUAACGCCGGAGACCAAUAUUCGGUGUAAAUCAGCCAAGUUCACAAAACGUAUCCAAUGGUUGCCUAAAAAUGUUGAAGCUUAUUGCAUCCGCUACUCUUUAAUAGUACCAUAGAAGCUCAAAUAAACUGUUUACAAACACGCAAUUUGCAGAAUGCAUGGAUUUUAGAUGAACACUUAUGGUAACUUGGAACGUGCCAACUGCAUACAUUUUCCGUAUUUCCGAACAAUCUUUACAUUUUUCCCAUUAGGCGGGCACCUGAUACAAAUUGAAAUUAUAAAAUCAAGCAAUGUGACCCCAAAACUACUGGCACGUUUUAAGCUGCCAUCACUCAUUAUGUGAGUGAGGAGACAACUUAAAAACGGCGUCUUGCAAUACCAUGGGACAAAAGUGAAUGCCACAAAUGAACCACGACACCUCGCUGAUCUCGUCAAGGAGCAGAAAGCAUUGCUGCGAACUCUGGUCAUCCACGCAGCAGCGGCUUUUGGCCAGCCAUCGAACAAAGACGUCGUGCGCUUUCAGAUGCGUUUCUGCGGCCGCCUGGAAUGCUCUUCCGAUAUUAGGAGCCACUGGAGCUUUGCAUUAUUACAUCUACUGCAGAUUGAAAACUAAUUCCUUUAAAACCGCUUUUUUGUACUUAGUUGUCCUUCCCCCCAUACCUCCAUUGAGUGCGGUUAGCUACCUACGGUGCAAAAUAAAUUCACCAUACAGGGUAGCCAAGAACAUUGUAAGACGUGAACUGCAUGAACAUUACCCGAGAAUGUGUUUUUUCCCCAUCUCUUCUGGAAAUCCGAGCAGCAAAUGAGCAGAGUGGUCUACCCCCUGCUGAACGGGUUUGUUAAGCUGAAAUAAUGGUGAAACUGUAGCCGCCUUGCCUUAAAGCAUGACCCCCCCCCCCCCC